UGCCUCAUCCGUAGUAAAGCAAUUCGGUACCCUCUUUCGCUGCCGUCAUCCUUCCAAAAGCCAGUGCGGAAAGAACUGGCGUUGUAAAGUCCCCAUCUGAUACCGAAGAGGCCACAGUCGUAUUUAUUUCAACCUCCCCUGCUGAACACAAAAAGCUCGCCGCCCAAAUAUGUUCCUCCUCGAAUGGCUUGGCGGUGUUCUAGGCUACUUGGGCCUGUGGAAGAAGAGUGGCAAGCUGCUCUUCCUUGGCCUGGACAAUGCGGGAAAGACCACAUUGCUGCACAUGCUCAAAGAUGACCGGAUGGCCCAGCAUGUGCCCACGCUGCACCCAACCUCUGAAGAGCUGUCCAUAGGCAACAUGCGUUUCACCACUUUUGACUUGGGUGGCCAUCACCAAGCUCGUAGAGUGUGGAAAGACUACUUCCCUGCUGUGGAUGCCAUAGUUUUCCUCAUCGAUGCCCAUGACAGGGAGCGAUUCCCGGAGUCCAAAGCAGAGCUGGACAGCCUGCUGACUGACGAGCAGUUGGCAAACUGCCCAGUGUUGAUUUUGGGCAACAAGAUUGACAAACCAGGAGCAGCUAGUGAGGAUGAACUUCGCACCUACUUCUGUCUUUAUUCGCAGACAACUGGGAAGGGCAAGGUCCCAAGGUCAGAAAUGACGGCGCGCCCACUGGAGAUGUUUAUGUGCAGUGUUCUCAAGAGGCAGGGCUAUGGCGAAGGGUUCCGCUGGCUGGCCCAGUACAUCUAGGCAUCGCAAGCCCAAAUGGAGAAUGAACGAGGAAAAAAAAAAAUGUGUUGGUGGCACCUUGUGACUGAAAGAGUGUGUGGUGGACAACUGCUGUUGGAAGUACACUUCCCCUCCUUCUCCUCACCUGCGACCUUAGCCUCCUGGCACAUGUUGACCUCACCAUACCCUCCCACAAGAUGAAAAGUGGUGGGAUUUCUAGGAAACUUUUUUUUUAUAUAUAGGCUUCAUUCCAAACCUUAGCUUCAGUCCAAACACACUUACAUACGUCCUGUAUAAAGAAUGCUGUACAGUAUGAGGGAGAGACUUGAGGCAGGGUGAUCUUGCCAAGGAUUUUUUUUUAUUUGGUAUGCUUAAGAAGGGAGAGGUAGGGAUAAUGUGGUACGUUUUGAGCGUUGUUGCAAGACAAAGUGGGUGACGGGUUCCUGUGAGCAAAAAUUUAGGUCAGAUGCUGACACGACACUUUUCAUGUGCUAAUAAUUUGUUAAAAAUGCCUUUCCUGUCGCAAGAACCUGCCCCUUGGGACUUGAGUAAAUAUGUAGGUUUUCAUAUGACCGCAGUGUUGACAGUAACAUUUUAACCACAUUUUAAAUGGAAUGGUAUGCUGCUUUGGAGAAGAGUCCCUGUGAUGCUAUGUAAUUCUCCAGUGGCUUUUCCGAAAGUUGCUUUGCCAUUAAAACAAAAAUCGUGCAGGUUUUUCGGGUGCAACUUUAGAGGUCUCAAGAUUUUUUUUUGUUCUUACCGAGUCCUCUCAAGCAUGGUGGCCAAAGGUUUAUACAAAAUGCAUUAGAGAUUUAAAGUUGCUUGUCAGCGUCGCGGUCCCACUAAGAGCUCAGAGUUCUAGAGGUGAAACACGCUGAAGCAAUUGUAUUGCCGUAAACAUUUUACAAAGUUCUGCUCACUGAUUUUUUUUUUUUCUGUUGAAGUGCUUACCUUCCCCCAUUUUUUUAAGGACUGUCUACUGUGUACAUAAUUGCAGUCCCAAAAAUGUUAAAGCUGGACUUGCUAGAUAAAGAAAACCAUUGCCAAUGCUA